CACCGCACUGUGUUUUCUACUGGGAUCAUAUUUGUGUGUAUCUUAGGGAAACAAAACAAACAAUACACUGCGGAUUUGACUUAUCCAUCAAUCGGAUGCAAGCAGAGCCAGGCCCAACUUAACAAUGGGCCCCAUUCCCCUGUGUGUCCUGCUACCGGUUGUUCUGGCUGUGACGUUGGCUGCAGCUGCUGAGGAGAACGCAGUCGAUGAUGAGUAUACCUGGCCACAUUGGAAGGUGCCUCUAGUAAGAAAAAGACGUACUGUGCAUCUCAGCAGCCCCAACUUCUCAGCACAUCCACAACCGGAGUUAAGUGGGACCUGUGGGAUCGAGUGUCAGCGUCGCCUCCCUAAACCAUCUCUGCAAGACCUGGAGCAGUUCCUGUCCUAUGAGACGGUCUACGAAAAUGGUACACGCACGUUUACCUCAGUCUCUGUGCAAGGUGUCAAUGAGGUGACUGCCUUGUCCAAAAAUUCAUCAACUGGCUCACGCCAUAAACGGGAGGUUUACGGCACAGACAGCCGCUUUACUAUCUCUGAUAAGCAGUUCUCUACCAAAUAUCCCUUCUCCACCUCUGUGAAGCUCUCCACAGGAUGUUCUGGGGUUCUGGUUUCACCGAAACAUGUACUGACGGCUGCCCACUGCCUUCAUGAUGGGAAGGAUUACCUAAACGGAGCGCAGAAGUUACGUGUUGGUAUUCUGAAGGAGAAGUCCAGACGAGGGAAAGGAGGCAAAGGGAAAGGAGGGCGAGGAAAGGGAAAAAGGAGAAAGGGCGACAAAGAUAAAGAAGACGUCGAAGAAAAGGAAGAGAGCGUUGGGAAAGGGGAUCAAAAAGGGAAGGGGAAAGGUAGGAAGAGCCGGAGUCGGCGAAGUGCAGAAUCAGAGAAACCUUCUUUCCGGUGGACCAGGGUCAAGCAGACCCAGAUUCCAAAGGGCUGGUUCAAAGGUGUGUCUGAUGGACUGGCUGCAGAUUAUGACUAUGCUGUUCUCGAGCUGAAGAAAGCCCCAAAAGUCAAAUACAUGGAUAUUGGUGUUAUCCCCUCAGUUAAGAAGCUCCCCGCUGGGAGGAUCCACUUCUCUGGCUUUGAUGAUGACAGGCCUGGCAACCUGGUCUACCGGUUCUGCUCAGUGUCUGAAGAGUCCAAUGAUUUACUUUAUCAGCACUGUGAUGCCAAACCUGGCUCCAGUGGCUCUGGAGUCUACAUCCGCCUGAAAGAGCCCGGCAAGAAAAAGUGGACGAGGAAGAUCAUUGGGGUUUUCACCGGUCACCAGUGGGUGGACGUAAGCGGAAACGGGAUGCAACAGGAUUACAACGUGGCAGUGAGGAUAACACCCGUCAAAUAUGCUCAGAUCUGCUACUGGGUCCACGGGGACUCAAGUGAGUGCCGGGGGGCCUAAGACAACACAGGAUCCCCCCUCAACCACCUCCCCACUCCAUACCAUCAGACUACCUAAGAGACAUUUGACCUUUUCUAAGCCCCCCAACCUCCUUUACCAAACAGGGGCCCAAUGACUGCCUCAUGUCUUCCUGCCUCCAACAAC